AUGCCUCUCGACGAUGUCCAAGUCGGUGACGUGGUCAACGUCCCCGGUGGAAUGCACGGAACGAUCAAAUAUCUGGGAUCGGUAGCGGGGAAGCCAGGUCGCUUCGCCGGAGUCGAACUGAGUGCGGAACAUGCCCAGCGAGGCAAGAACAGUGGCGAUGUGGACGGCCGCAAGUACUUUGUGACUUCGACUCCAGGCUCGGGCAUCUUCGUCCCCAUGAACAAUAACAAAUACGUGACCAGACGGUCGACCUCGAACUAUUCUACACCGACCACUCCUGCACGCGCAGCACCAGUCAAUUUCAGCAAAUCUGUCGGCCCAGCACUUACUACGCCUCGUCCUCGCGUCCGACGACCGUCCCUCCCUCGUCCGGAGUCUCCCCGCGUCCCCCCUCCGAAAUUGAGCCUAAGCGGCUUGCGUACACCUUCAGCGGCAUCCAAAGCUGGCGGAAUCAAUGGCAUGCGCAGCCCGGUCAAGGCACCGUCCCGCCUGUCUGAUAGGCCUUCAUCGCGAAUCAGCACGGAGGACGACGCAUCAUCAUACGGGAGGCCAUCCGACUUCCGGCAACAGGCUCACUCGUCCGAACUUCAAGAUUUGAAGGAUCAGAUCAAGAGCCUAGAGAAACAGCUUUUGGACCGCGAUAAGCAGUUGGAUGAGCAAUCUGGGACUUUGAACGAGUUCCAAAAGACAUUGGAGGAACUCGAGGGAUCGGACGGCCAUUCGAUCCGUACACAGCUGCGCGAGCGCAACGAGCGAAUUGCCCAAUUGACCGCUGAAUUUGACGGCCACAGAGCUGACUUCAGAAGCACCCUUGAUACAUUGGAGAUUGCCGCAUCCGAGACUGAGCGAGUCUACGAGCAGCGUCUCGAUGAGCUUAUGCAGCAGAACCAACAUUUCCAAGACCGCGGCGAAGAUGUCGAAAUUGUGGCGCAGCAGCUUAAGCAGCUGGAAGAGCUGGUCUCCGAGUUGGAAGAAGGCCUUGAGGAUGCCCGGCGGGGAGAGGCCGAGGCUAGAGCCGAGGUCGAGUUCCUCCGUGGUGAAGUCGAGAGAACCAAGCUGGAGCUGAAAAAGGAGCGUGAUCAUUCGGCUGCGGCGUUGAAAGAUGCAAAGUCUACAUCAGACAGUCCACGAAACAGCAGCGAAUUGGACCAGAAGGAUGAUGAGAUUCGCGGUCUCAAAGCUAUCAUUCAUUCUCUCAGCCGGGGGAACCCAAAUGCAGCAAGCUUGAAACAGAAUGGCUCGGCCGAUGAUCAUAACUCGGAGCAUCUCUCUGAGCUAGAGCAGCGAAUCCAAGAGGUCGAAGAGACCGUUAGCCGGAAGGAUAACCGCAUUGAGGAGCUUGAGCGUGAAUUGAAAGAAAUGCAACUGGACUCUCGGGGUGGUCGUAACCGCAGCUCUACUGUCACACUUUCGCCCAAGCAUCACAGACCCUCCCACUCCUCGAGCAACAUCUCCAACAACUCAAACGGCCUGAACCAAGCCCACCGUCUCUCUGACCGCACCGUUGUCCCGACUGACUGGCACGAUGCACCCUCCGAGCCUCGCCAUCACCGGGGAGCCUCCAACUCAUCCGAACAACGACUCGAGACAAUGCAUGAAUCCGAACGCGGCUCCGACGAGGACACGAUGUGGUGUGAAAUCUGCGAAACAGGCGGCCACGACAUCCUAAACUGUACCAGCAUGUUCGGCUCCGGACAGAACAACGAGCAGGCCAAGAAACCGGUCGAGGCCGAGGAGCCCUCUCCCAACCACAACUCGGACAACUAUGCAGAUGCCAUCCCUUCACAGAAGACAGGACGGGAUGUCGUCCUAGAAGGACUCAAGGGUAUCGGCGGACUGGGCAACUCCAUGGACCCAAUUGCUGGCAAGUCCACUGGUGUCAUUGACGAGUCGAAGUGGUGUGCGCUGUGCGAGCGAGAUGGCCAUGAGAGCAUCGACUGUCCAUUUGAUGAAUAA